AGCUUCAUCAUCUUCUUAAUAGACAAGACAUGAUAGCGAUAUAAGGGUUGGAAUUUCGAUCUCAUCAAUGAUCAGCGAAUCUUGAUGAUCGUCGAUUAGCUAUUCAACACCUGUAAAAUAUCCGAGCGUUUCACACCCAAUUACUUUCCCAAAUAUUACCAGCAAAAAAAUUAAAAAUAUAUUUUAAAGAAAAACCUUAAAAAACACCAUAAGCUAAAAACAUGAGGCGACUCAGCCCCUCUAAUUCACAGAAAUGCAGGGUGAUGAAGCCAGACUCUUGCUAAGUUUCCCCUCUAAUCGUUGCCCUACUCAGAUUGAAGUUGCUUAUAGAAAGAAAGUAUGGGAGUUGCAUCUUGACUUGUUUCCAGUUCAGCAAAAGCCUUUGGCGGAGUCUAAGUUCAAGUUGGACUCAUGCAAUGUUUUGAGGAAUAAAGUAAGCAAGCUCUACCUUUGAGGGAUAUGCAACAGCCUUGUGAUAUGAAGUUUCUGCUCUUGUGCUACUGAACGAAUGGUUGAAGAGAUGGCCCCACUUCGUUCCAUAGGAUAUGUUGAUCCUGGGUGGGAGCAUGGCACUGCUCAAGAUGAAAGGAAGAAGAAGGUUAAAUGCAACUACUGCGGGAAAGUAGUCAGUGGUGGGAUAUUUAGAUUGAAGCAACAUUUAGCCAGAUUGUCUGGUGAAGUUACUCAUUGUGAAAAGGUUCCCGAAGAAGUAUGCUUGAAUAUGAGAAAAAAUCUGGAAGGAUGUCGUUCUGGUAGAAAACGGAGGCAAUUAGAUUAUGAGCAAGCUGCUCUAAGUAUCCAAUCUAAUGAGUACAGUGAUGGAGAAGAUGCUUCUGCAAGUUAUAAACACAAAGGCAAGAAAGUGAUGGGUGACAAGAACUUGGUUAUCAAGUUUACCCCUCUUCGGUCAUUAGGAUAUGUAGACCCAGGAUGGGAGCAUUGUGUUGCUCAAGAUGAGAAGAAGAGAAGAGUAAAAUGCAACUAUUGUGAAAAAAUAAUAAGUGGGGGCAUCAAUCGGUUUAAGCAACAUCUUGCUAGGAUCCCUGGAGAAGUUGCCUACUGCGAGAAGGCACCUGAAGAGGUAUAUCUAAAAAUCAAAGAAAACAUGAAAUGGCACCGAACUGGCAGAAGGCAUCGGAAACCUGAUACCAAGGAGAUAUCCACGUUCUACAUGCACUCAGAUAAUGAGGAUGAAGGUGGAGAGGAGGAGGGGUAUUUGCAAUGCAUAAGCAAGGAUAUAUUGGCUAUAGAUGAUAAAGUUUCUGACAAUGAUAUUAGAAAUAAUGUCAGAGGUAGAUCUCCUGGUAGUAGUGGUAAUGGUGCUGAACCACUACUCAAAAAAUCAAGACUGGAUUCAGUAUUUUUGAAGUCUCUGAAAAGCCAGACAUCAGCACACUACAAACAACCAAGGGCUAGAACAGGCUUUGAGAAGAAAACUCACAGAGAAGUGAUAUCUGCCAUCUGCAAAUUCUUUUACCAUGCAGGAAUCCCUUCUAAUGCAGCUAACUCUCCAUAUUUCCAUAAAAUGCUGGAACUGGUUGGUCAGUACGGGCAAGGUUUGCAAGGUCCUUCAAGUCGACUGAUAUCUGGUCGUCUCCUUCAGGAGGAAAUUGCUAAUAUUAAGGAGUACUUAGUGGAGCUUAAGACAUCUUGGGCGAUCACUGGUUGUUCUGUUAUGGCUGACAGUUGGAACGAUGCACAGGGGAGGAUGCUGAUAAACUUUUUGGUCUCUUGCCCUCGGGGUGUUUAUUUUCUCUCUUCUGUUGAUGCAACUGAUAUCAUAGAAGAUGCAGUUCAUCUCUUCAAGUUGUUAGACAAAGCAGUGGACGAGGUUGGUGAGGAAUAUGUAGUCCAGGUGAUUACUAGGAACACUUUGAGCUUCAGGAAUGCUGGAAAGAUGCUUGAAGAGAAAAGGAGAAAUUUAUUUUGGACACCUUGUGCCGUCUAUUGUAUUGAUAGAAUGCUUGAGGAUUUUGUGAAUAUAAAAUGGGUGGGAGAAUGCGUAGAUAAAGCAAAAAAAGUGACAAGGUUUAUUUAUAACAACACCUGGUUGUUGAAUUUUAUGAAGAAAGAAUUUACCAAGGGACAGGAACUUCUUCAGCCUGCUGUUACAAAAUUUGGCACUAACUUUUUCACUUUACAGAGUUUGUUGGACCAGAGGGUUGGUCUUAAGAGAAUGUUCCAAUCGAAUAGAUGGCUUUCAUCCCGCUUUUCCAAAUCAGAUGAAGGAAAAGAGGUUGAAAAAAUUGUCUUAAAUGUCUCAUUUUGGAAGAAAAUGCAGUAUGUGAAGAAAUCCUUUGAACCAGUUGCUGAAGUUCUUCAAAGGAUAGGUAGUGACAAAAUCCGAUCAUUGCCGUUUAUAUAUAAUGACAUCUGUAGAACAAAGCUUGCAAUUAAAGCCAUUCAUGGUGACGAUGUUCGUAAAUAUGGACCUUUCUGGAGUGUGAUUGAAAGUAAUUGGAGUCCAUUGUUCCAUCAUCCUCUUUAUGUUGCUGCAUACUUUCUCAAUCCAUCCUAUCGUUACCGCCCAGAUUUUUUGAUGAAUCCUGAAGUAAUUCGUGGUCUAAAUGGGUGUAUUGUUCGGUUGGAGGCAGACAAUGGGAAAAAGAUUGCUGCAUCCAUGCAGAUACCUGAUUUUGUGUCUGCAAAAGCUGAUUUUGGAACUGAUCUGGCCAUAAGUACUAGAAGCGAACUUGAUCCAGCCUCAUGGUGGCAACAACAUGGGAUAAGUUGCUUAGAGCUGCAACGAAUUGCCAUACGCAUACUGAGCCAGACAUGUUCAUCAAUCGGGUGUGAGCAUAACUGGAGUGCUUUUGAUCAGGUUCACAUCAAAAGACACAACUGUUUGUCUCGGAAGAGAUUGAAUGACCAGACCUAUGUUCACUACAACUUGAGACUGAGAGAACGCCAACUAGGAAGGAAGCCGGAUGAGUUGGUUUCCUUUGACAGUGCCAUGCUAGAAAGUGUAUUAGAUGACUGGCUUGUGGAGACAGAGAAGUUAGCCAUGCAUGAAGAUGAGGAGAUCAUCUAUACUGAGGUGGAACAAUUUUGCGGAGAUGAUAUGGAUGAACAUGAGAGUGAAGAAAAGAGACCUGCAGAAAUGGUCACAAUAGCUGGUUUUAUUGAACCUUUGGAUGUUAUCCCUUCUGCUGGAGGUGUUACUACCGAUGAUGAUGGUCUCGAUUUUCUUGAUGAUGAUUUGACGGAUUAGUUUUAUCUUCAAUGUGGCUCAUCAAAACUUGGAGUAAGCCAUGAGAUAUCUAUUUCCAGUAACUGGAUAUUAAUAGAAAGAAAAGUAAUUUGGCGUUGUCAAAAGACAGAUUCUUAUAUUGUAAUUUGUUGUGCCAUAUAUCAUUUUGGAAGUAUUAAUAUUUCACCAACAUUAUUUCAAA